UCCGAUCCGAUUCCGAAUUUCCUGGCAGAGGACCCGACUGAACGGCGUGUAGUGAUUUUUAGGUAUAAAAAUGUAAAAUUUAAUGAACAUUUCAUCCGCGACACUCCUUCUAGCAACACGUGACUUUUGUGUGCUCGCCGACGAGGAGGUUCUAAUUUUGGCGCGUACCGUAGCGUCGAGGCGCCCAUCGACGCCCGCCGCAAUACCGUUCAGUUUACAAAUUUGGUGCCCGAGUUUAACACAUAUUUUCAUGUCGCGCCCGCUGUUUUGCAAAUAAGAGACUUACUCUGAUCCGGAGUGAUUCCCCUCGCAAUUUCGCAAGAGAGAGGAUUACGUUUAAAAAUGAUCAAAGUGGACGAGAACGACCCCAUAGGAGAGAUCCAGUUGAGCUUUCCAUAUAGAGACGUCCAGAUAAGGAGGGGAGUCGAUCCUAAGGAAGAAUAUGUGCUGGAAGCGGAAAUAGGAAGGGGUAAAUUUGGAACCGUGUACAAGUGCAAAGAGAAGUCGUCAGGACUGUAUCUGGCAGCAAAGUUCAUAGGAUGUCCCAAAAAAGAAGACCGCCGAAAUGUGGAGAGAGAAAUAGAUAUAAUGAGGGCGUUACAGCACCCCCGACUCAUCCAGGUCUACGACGCGUUUGAAAAUGGCAAAAUCAUGACUGUUAUUUUAGAACUGAUAGAAGGCGGGGAGCUCUUUGAAAGGGUCAUCGACGACGACUUCAUCCUGACCGAGAAAAGCUGCACCAUAUUCAUGAGACAGAUUUGCGAGGGGGUCGAUUUCAUACACAAACAGCGAAUCCUCCACCUGGACAUGAAGCCGGAGAACAUCCUGUGCCUGACGAAAACGGGAAACAGGAUAAAAAUAAUCGAUUUCGGGCUGGCCAGAAAAUUCGAUCCCGACAAGAAGCUGCAGGUCCUGUUCGGCACUCCCGAAUUCGUCGCCCCCGAGGUCGUCAAUUUCGACGAAAUUGGAUAUGGCACCGACAUGUGGUCCGUUGGAGUUAUAUGUUACGUUCUACUUUCUGGCCUUUCCCCUUUCAUGGGACACACCGACGUUGAGACCAUGGCCAACGUGACCAUCGCCAAGUACGACUUCGACGAUGAAGCCUUCGACGAGAUCUCCGACAACGCCAAGGACUUCAUCCAGAAGCUCCUCGUCAAAGACAUGAACCAGCGCCUAACCGCCCAAGAGUGCUUGAACCACGAGUGGUUAAAGAGGAAGAAACAGACCGUCCCGAGAACGCCAAGCAUGGACGUAACCAAGGACAACCUAAAGCAGUUCGUGGAGAGGUGGAACGAACACCCGAACUCACCCUACGUUUUCGAGAUUAACCCCCACAUCGUAUCCCCCUCGAUGCUGCCCACUGGAAGCCAGAGUCUGUCAGGUUCCAGCGAAUCUCUGGUAGGGGAUUCCCCUUCGCCGUGUGGUUCCUUGGCUUCCUCACCAGGAUCUGACAAUGCGUUUACCAACAACGGCUUGGAGGAUAUGGAUGGUUAUCGUGAUUCCUUGCUUCCGCCAAGUGCAGAUCACUUCAGGAGGGCUUCGGACAGCGCUGGUGUCGUUAAGUCGCACGAUAUCGCGGAAAGGAUAAACCUGGCUGAGGAGAUCAGGAAGCUGUCGGACAAGCUUUUUCAGUUGUCCAACAUCAACACGUCAGUCACGAACAAUCAGAGUUGCUUCGGUGAACCUUCCACUAAAGCUGAAAGCGAAAGUACCAUCCCCGUAAGCAUACCCAUUACAGUCUCUGUUAACAACCACGAUGAGAAUGGGCUACCGCGUGACCACCCAGCUAGUCCCAACUGUGGAAUACCAUGGAGACGGACUAAGUUCAAAAUGAACCACAUGUCGAGAGACGUACCUCUGGCUGUAAGGAAUAUCCACAAACUAUCUGAAGACCAAUUCACAACGAAAGUUAACAGUCACAGCAUCACAAGCCCAAACGGCACCAAGGAUUUAUUAUUACAACUGUUGGAGCACUGGGACGGGCCUAAGGGUCCCAUAAUGCAGAACAACCGACACGGAUCUAUUUCAUCCGAAUGGACUGAGAGCGACACCUUGGGGCAGCGGACUAUAAGUUCACUAAAUACAUUUUUUCAAUCUAGGAACACGAACAAGAAGAUUACCCAGUUUCACUUCAAUAAAACUUAGACUCGUUGCUGUAAAAAGAUGUACAUUUCGUGUAUUUAUUUGUCUGCAUUUUCCGAAUUUUUCCACUGUAUAUAAGGGACCAUUUAUUCGUUUAGUUUUUCUCGACAUAUCCAUUUAAUGAAAUUAUUUAUUGUUAGUUUAAGGAUAUAAUAAAGAAAACUACUAUUCAG